GAAUGCGGCUGUGUUGUCCCUCCUCUCUUCUCUUCUCCUCGUCUCUGGUCUGAUGUUAGUUUGCUGAAGCUCAGCGCUGCGUGGAAAUACAUUAAGAUCAAGAGCACAACUGAUGGAUCUGUGUGUGUUUCCUGCAGCAUCACCACCCUCUGCUGAUGUGGAAACGAUGGUUGUGAUGACACAUCGUGACGUUCAGCGUCUGAAACAGGAAGUGCGACGACUUCAGAGUCUGCUGCAGGAAGUCCAGAAGCGAGCAGCCAAUCACGUCGCUCUGCUGCAACAGCAACUGGCCAAUAAAGCACAGCAUAUAGAGAGACUCCAGACAAAGCUACAAUCCCAGCAGGACUAUGACAAGAUCAAAGCUGAGCUCAGGACUCUUCGAGCACAGAUGCAAACUACUGAUGUCGUGUCGGUGUCUCUCAGGAGCGUUUCUGCUGAUAACGAUCUUGUGAUCCAGACGGAAACAACAAAGUUUCAUCACUCCAUUGGGAAAGAAGAAGCACUGAAUGAGUCGUCCUCUUCUUCAUCACCCUCAUCUCCAAGCCUCCAGAGCUUCGUUAAAGAAGAGACAGACCCCUGUGGAGAUGUGGAGUCUGAGGAUGGAGAUGAGCUUGACACGGCUGGAUUAGCUCAGCAGGUCAGAGAGGCUCUUCAGCGGCUGAACAUCGGUCAGCGGGUGUUCGGUCACUAUGUGCUCGGUCUCUCUCAGGGAACCGUCAGUGAUAUACUGGCCCGACCCAAACCCUGGAGCAAACUGACCAACAGAGGAAGAGAACCCUUCCUGAGAAUGAAGCACUUCCUGUCAGACCAGCACAGCAUCCGGACACUCAGCCACAUCCAGGAGAGACUGAGAGGCGUCUUCGUCCCGUGGGUUGGUGCUGCAGACGUGAGCUCAGACGACGUGAUCAGGAACAUUCUGGAUCAGAGUCGUCGAGAGAUGCUGGAUGAUGAUGAUGAUGAUGAUGAUGAUGAUGAAGGCAGCAGAUCUCAGGCAUCAGACGACGUGAUCAGGAACAUCCUGCAGCAGGCCAAACACGAGAUGCAUACGACGAACGACUCGAGUGAAGCAGCGCUCCAGGAAGAAGAAGAAGAAGAAGAAGAAGAGGAUGAUGGGACACUGGAGCCCAGCGUUCAGUCCCCGGCUGAUUUUGUCCAAAGCAUCAUCCAGAAGGUCAAAUGUGAACUGGAUGAAGAUACUGACCCCUCCGUUUCUCCGUCCUCCGUGAGCCGCUCGUCCCAGACACUUCCUGUGGAUCCGGAUCAGAGAACUCAGGUCUUUAACGGGUCAAAGGUGAAGACGGAGCCGCGUCAGAGACCUCGCUCCUGUCCCAUCAGCAGCAGCUGUGAGCUUCAGUCUCUGGAUCUGGACACCUUCAGCAUCACGCAGAGGGUCAAAGAAGCUCUCACAGUCAACAACAUCGGUCAGCGCGUGUUCGGCGAAGAGGUUUUGGGUCUAACACAAAGCUCUGUGUCUGAACUGCUGUCGCACCCCAAACCCUGGACUAAACUCAGUCUGAAGGGGAAGGAGAACUUCAUUCGGAUGCAUCUGUGGCUCCAAGACCCUCAAAACAUCCAGAAGCUCAACGCUAUGAAGAAGAUGGACCAGAGAGGUCAAUCUCGUCUCAAAGUGCUCUGAUGGGAUCAGACUGUGAGUCACACAGGACGUUAGACGCCAGAGGACGCUGGGUUUGUGAUCAUUGGGGACGGUGUGAGGUGGUGAAGAGGCCGCGUGUCAUCUUUAGCGCUCAGGAGAGAGAAGCACUGAUAGCGGUGUAUCAGACAGAGCCGUAUCCGUCUCCACACACCAUCGAGAGACUCGCAGCACAGCUAGGCCUCCACUCCAGCACCGUCAGCAACUGGUUCUACAACUACAGGUCCAGAAGCAGACGAGAUGGCGUUUCAGAACCGGUACAAACCAGAACAUUUCAGAAUCCGGUCGGUUCUGGUCCGGUUUCAGCCAGUUCAGUCCGAAUCAAACCGGAGCCCAGUGACGGACAGAUGGAGGAGGACACAGAUCACGUCUUCACCAGUGUGAAGAGAGAGAAAGAGCUGUGAGAUCAACACAGACAGAUCUCAGGAACUCUAAAUCUGAACACUACACCCUUUCAGUCUGUCUUUUUUUUUUUUUUUUUUUUAAGCAUGAUUCAUUUACGAUUCAGUGAAAAAGUAAACACUGUUUGGCCAGAUUUUUAUUUUUUAUUUUU